AUGGUGAUGGACGACGGACGUUUAAAUAUUAACCAGACGAAGGGGAACCUGCUUCACUCGGACAAUAUUCCUACACACAAGUCUGUGAUUGCGUUGGCUGCUGUGCGCGACUUUGGCUUUGAACUGGUGGAUCACCCUCCAUAUUCUCCUGAUUUGCCACCAUCUGACUAUUUUCUGUUUCCCAACAUGAAAAGACACUUGACCGGGAAGCAGUAUCGGACCGAUGAUGAAGUCAUAUCUGCUGUUGAGGAUGUUUUUGAGGGUCAGGAUGAGAACUUCUAUACCACGAAAUCCAAACGCUGCAACACCGAUGGAAGAAGUGUAUGGACCGUAGGGGAGACUAUAUAG